AUGACCUCAACACACUUUGGAAACAGUCCUCCAGCUACUAAUGCUUGGACAGCGCCCAUACUGGACAAAUUGGACCUGGGCAUGGACCGCGUAAUGUUUGAAGGGGCACUCCAAGACAACACAUCUAUAUGGCGCCAGACACCUUCACCUGAAGUGGAUGCCGCUUGGGACUACAUUACAACGGAGGGCAUGGAAGCCGUUACAGCGCCAGCUGAAGACGUGUUGCGCUCUGGAAAAAAUGUCUCAAUGAGUGUCAAAGUACCUACAUCCUGGGGCCUCGGGGAUGAUGCAUACCUGGCACAGAUAGAGGUGUUUCAUCAAAUACACUGUCUGAACCAGCUGCGGAAGGAGGUUUAUGCGGAGUACUAUUUUACUUCUCCGGCCAACGACCUUCGAAUCGGGCACCGGAAUCACUGCAUUCAUAUGAUACUCCAGGUUCUGAUGUGUAACGCAGACACCGGUCUCAUAUUCCAUAACUGGGUUCACAAUAGUGACCUCCCAGCCCCCCAAACCAGAGCGUUCGCAGAUUUCAACACAAUCAAGAAGUGCAAGAACUUUGACAAUAUUCUCGACUGGGCUCGAGAGAAGGGGGUCAAAAAUACAUAUGAUCUUCAGCGCCUAGUUGGAUAUAUCUGGGAGGACGAUCUCACACGACGUGAAUUACGGAAUCUGUCCAUCCUACGUGAUUAUGGACUUGAGUCCGUAUCUAUAACACCCGUGGAAUAUUCGGAGCACUGUCCGUUUCCUUACAAUAAUUUCAUAUACAUGAUUCAGCUUUCCUCACCUAUGGUAUCAUCGACAUUCAGUGCCAGGAGUACACGUCCUGGAACUGCGGCGCCUCUAAACUCUAAGACAACAGUCUUCCGCCUCAGUAACCCAUAUGCGAAUGAUUUAAACAAUGCAAAUCGGGUAGAGAAUGAAGUGGCUGCGCAAUACCUCUACCGCCAACAACUCAGUGCAAGUCACCCAGAAUUGGCGUCCUUGGUACCUACCAUAUAUGCUCGGGAGCCAAGUCGAUACCCAGAGAUAUCCGACGAGACGGGUUUCGGAUGGACGAUAUGUGAACAUAUGCCAGGUACCAAUCUUGAUGCUCAGUUUGUCAAGAUGGAUCUUCCGAAGAAGUUGGAGGUGGUCAAGCAGAUUGCAGGAAUAUUCGCAGCCUUCCAGAAAAUUAUUGUCCCGGAAGAGUUAAGAGGUCACUUCGGCGGUUUGACUUUCGAUGACUCGGGCCAAGUAGUCCGUGGGCAGAUGUCCAUUUGUCCCCCUGGGCCGUGGGAGGACUACACAGAUCUGUGGGUUGCACGCCUACGCUGGCAACUGCACAAUGCCGACCAGAGCCCUGCGCUGAAGGGUUGGCAGGAGUGCGGUCUUCGUGAUCGUAUUGAUAAGCUGUUGAAUGGGAAUGGGAUCGCUAAGUGGAUGGAAAGGAUAGACGUCACGCAGACCACACUGGCUCAUGGUGACUUCACAAUGAACAACAUUCUAUUUGACGACAGAAAUCAACGCGUGACGGCCUUGCUGUACUUUGACUUUUCUUGUGUUACUCACCCUUCCCAGGACUUUUUCACUGGUCUUUGGGAUAUUGGUGAUGGGAUGCGCCAAGAUGACAGCAGGCUGCGUACUGCUAUUCUGACAGGCGAAUUUGACGAUGCAGCCGAGGAUUUUUCUCCCGAUGCUAAGAUCGAUUGGGAAGUUUCCAAAGCUUGGGAUAGUACGUUAGCUGUGCAAGGUGUCAUUCGACCGUCUCUGAUACUUGGAAUUGAUAAGUUGGAGACUCUUUGGGCAUUGGAAGACGCAAUCUGUCCUUCUAAUCUCAGCCAUGAAUUCAAGAUAGAGAGAACCAAGCGCAAGUUUCCAGGAAAGCUGGGGGAGAUUAUCAAGGCGGCUACAGAUAAGCUGAUUGCCACACUGAACGAGCUAGAGGCAUAA